AUGAAGCAUCAUUUGAUGGUCGGCACAUGGACCGCCCCCGGGCGCAUCUAUACCGUGCAAUUCGAUGACGAGGCCCUCACACUGGACUUGGUUAAAAAGACCGACAUUCCUGAAGCGGAGCCCAUCUCAUGGAUGACAUUCUCUCACGACAAGAAGGCCAUCUAUGGUGCCGCCAUGAAGAAAUGGAAUAGCUUCGCCGUCAAUAGCCCGACUGAAAUCGUGCACCAAGUCUCACACCCAGUUGCUGGUCACCCUCUUGCCCCCAGCAGUGAGACCAACACCCGCGCCAUCUUCGUGCUCGCCGCCCACAAGCCUCCGUACAAUGUUUACGGCAACCCUUUCUAUAACUACGCCGGCUAUGGCAAUGUCUUUUCAGUGAAGUCAGACGGCGCUCUGGAUACCAAUAUUCAAAACUACGAAUAUGUUCCUAACACUGGAAUCCAUGGCAUGGUGUUCGACCCGACAGAGACCUAUUUGUACUCCGCCGAUCUCACCGCCAACAAGAUUUGGACGCAUACCAAGGACCCCAAGUCGGGCGAAUUGACCCUGGUGGAUUGCCUCGAGGCUCCCGAUGCUGGGGACCACCCCCGCUGGGUGGAGAUGCACCCAAGCGGCAAAUACUUGUAUGCGCUGAUGGAGGCCGGCAAUCGACUCGCAGUAUACGUGAUCGACGAGCGCACUCAUAAACCCGUUUUCACCCACAUCACGUACCCAUUAUUACCCUCUGGACUUCCUCCACGCAACAAGUACCGUGGUGAUGUCACUUUCUGCACUAAGGGAGGGAAAUACCUUUUCGCGACUACUCGAUCCAACCACUUCGAUGUGACCGGCUAUAUCACUGCGUUCAAGCUUGGCCCGCAUGGCGAGAUUGAGCGCCAGCUCUUCAUUAACCCCACGUCGACCAGCGGCGGCCACUCCAAUGCCGUCAGCCCAUGUGACUUCAGUGACGAAUGGCUGGCACUAUGUGAUGAUCAGCUCGGAUUUGUCGAGAUGUACCGAUGGCGCGAUGAGAAGCUGGCACGCGUUGCGCGCGUGGACAUCCCCGAGCAAGGAUUUGGUAUGAAUGCCAUUUGGUAUGAUUGA